AUGGUAUCGGAUGGAGGUCCAGCAUUUAUUAGUAUGGGAUUUAAAAAUUUUUGUAUCAAAUUAAAUGCGAAUCAUAUAGUUGCACCACCGUACCAUCCUAGUUCGAAUGGACAGGCGGAAAGGAUGGUGGCGAUUGUUAAAAGUUGGUUAAUGAAAACUACAGAUAACCGAAGUGAAAUAUGGGUAUUGCAGUUGUAUUAUAAUAAUGCUAAAGGCAAAGAUGGUAAAUCGCCUGCGGAAAAAUUGUUAGGUCGAAAAAUAAAUAUGUUUUUAGAUAUGUUAAAACCUGGGGAAAUUGUGGAGAUACAGGAGAAGGAAAAUCAGGUGAAAUAUAUAGUGAAUCAAUUGGUUUGGGUUAGAAUGUAUGGAAAAGGGAAAAAAUGGGAAAAAGGCGCGGUGAUAGAGAAUUUGAUGAGUAAAUUAUGUUCAGUAGUAAUAAAAAAUAAAAGUGUAAUGAGGCAUUGUGAUCAAUUAAGAAAGAGGGGGAAAUAA